AUGGGCAGCUCGAAACCUAUCCAUUACGAUGAUCCAGUACCGUCCAACUUCGAAAUAUCUCCUGAAGUUAAAUUAAAGUUUAGACUGGAAGACAAAGUUAAAAAGCUAUUUAUCUAUGGGAAUGAUCAAGAAGCAGCCAUUAUAUGAUUUGUCUGCUUAAUAGGCGAUCUUGAAGGUGAUGAGUAUUAUUUCGUUCCAACAAAAGUAGAUAAUCAUUUUAUUUCAAAUAUAACUACAGCGGAAAAGAUAGCCUUAAGAUGCAAUUAUGAUAAAAAGUCGAUUUCAAAUGAUGCCGUCCAAAUUUUAGAUGAAGUUAAUAUUGAUGGGAAAAAUGUUAAAGACCUUAUCCAAGCUGUUCAGCAGCUUAAAGAUUUCAACAGCAUAUAUGAUUUAUUAAAAGAAACACUAGAAAACUUAGGUGCUUCUUCCAAAUGGUAUUAUCGAUAG